CGGCUGGAGGAACGCGGACCCCGCUCUCAGCUCCCGGCACCAUGUGAGGGGGCUCAGGGGCCACGGGGGGCCGGGUGCUCCCCGGGGGAGAUGAGGAAACUGAGGCUGAGGGAGGUCCAUGGCUUGCCCAAGGCCCCUCAGCCAGUAAGUGGUGGAACCGGGAUUCGCACUUGAACCUGAAAUGCUGCACUGACCAUGGCCUUCUCAAGAGCAGGACUGUGACGGGACUGACAAGGGGGACCGACCAGGGGAACCCUGGUCCCGGCUGAGGCCACCGCUCAGGCCAAGGUGGGAAAGUCGGGGGUGGGCCUGGGAACUGGAGUGCGCUGGAGUGUCUGGAGCGAGGGGCAUCUGGAGGAAAGAGUAGUGACGACAGAGGCUCAGCUCAGUUGCUGGCCCAGCUGCACUGGCAAGGGCCUGGAAUGCCAAAGGCGUCAGGACUGAUGGGGGCGAUCCUGGAAUUGUGGACUCUUGUAAUUUGCGCUGAUGGGCUGUGCGUCCAAAGACAGGCCACUCUUCCCUUGUGAUGAGCCUCAGUUUUCGGAUCUGUAUCCGUGGCCUCUUGGCUUGAAUCUGCUGGAGACGGCUGGACACAAGUGCUUGUUUCCAUUUGACAGGUGUGAGCCCACAUCCCUGCCCCCUGGGCCACCUGCAGGACGCUGGCCCCUGCCCCUCAGCAGAUGCCAGAGAGAGAUGAGUAGCAACAAAGAGCAGCGGUCAGCAGUGUUCGUGAUGACCCUCUUCGCUCUCAUCACCAUCCUCAUCCUCUACAGCUCCAACAGUGCCAAUGAGGUCUUCCACUAUGGCUCCCUGCGAGGCUUCAGUCGCCGGCCCAUCAACCUCAGGAAGUGGAGCAUUGCUGAUGGCUAUGUCCCCAUCCUUGGCAACAAGACGCUGCCUUCCCGGUGUCACCAGUGCGUGGUCAUCACCAGCUCCAGCCACCUCCUGGGCACCAAGCUGGGUCCCGAGAUUGAACGGGCCGAGUGCACAAUCCGCAUGAAUGACGCGCCCACCACGGGCUACUCGGCAGAUGUGGGCAACAAGACCACUUUCCGCGUAGUGGCCCAUUCCAGUGUCUUCCGUGUGCUGCGGAGGCCCCAGGAGUUCGUCAACCGGACCCCCGAAACCAUAUUCAUCUUCUGGGGCCCCCCGAACAAGAUGCAGAAGCCCCAGGGCAGCCUUGUGCGGGUCAUCCAGAGGGCAGGCCUGGUGUUCCCCAACAUGGAGGCCUACGCCGUCUCUCCCGGCCGCAUGCGCCAAUUUGACGACCUCUUCCGGGGUGAGACAGGCAAGGACAGGGAGAAGUCCCAUUCGUGGCUGAGCACAGGCUGGUUCACCAUGGUGAUCGCGGUGGAGUUGUGUGACCACGUGCACGUCUACGGCAUGGUGCCCCCCGACUACUGCAGCGGUCCCGCCUGCAGCGCAUGCCCUACCACUACUAUGAGCCCAAGGGGCCGGACGAGUGUGUCACCUACAUCCAGAACGAACACAGCCGCAAGGGCAACCACCACCGCUUCAUCACGGAGAAGAGGGUCUUCUCAUCCUGGGCCCAGCUGUACGGGAUCACCUUCUCCCAUCCCUCGUGGACCUAGGCCGCCCUGCCCGUGGGGCCCUCACAAGACACACAGGAGAAGUGGCUCUCGGACAGCCAUCUCCUGUCCAGUCAAGGCUGGCCAGAGUAUCUUCUGGCCAAUCAGGGCCUUGCAGAGGGUGUAUCCUCCAGACAGUCAGGGCCUGGGGAUAUCUCUUGGCCAAUCAGGGAUUUGGACUUUUAUGUGGCUAAUCAGGGGUGUUGGGAUUUCUCGUCCAGUCAGGGUCUGAGCAUAGUCAAUCAGGGUAUUUCUGAGUAAUUUGACGCCAAGGACAUGUGCUUUCCCACGAGGCCUUGGUUCAGAGCCCCAGGAUGGUUCCCGAAUCAUUCCCUGUUGUCUGGGACCAUGGGGUCCUGUUCCAGGGACCUGUGAACUCUGUGUUGCCCCUCACUUCCCAGAGCCAGAAAGAGAGGUUGCAUAGGGGGUCAGAGCUCUCUGGAGGCCAGGCCAGGGCAUUUGUGGGCUUAAGGGGUUCCCGAAGUCGGGGGGCAGUGUCUGGGUCUUGGCUCUGUCCUGAGUGGCCUUGGACAAAUCCCUUGUCCUCUUCUCUGGCACCCUUCUGCCCAUGUCAGGUUCUAAGGUGGAGUCUUCGACCCCCUCACACCUUCCCCACUGGCUGCCUUGGGUCUGCCCUCCAUAAUACUAGACCCCUCCAGCGACAACCCCUUGCUGAGGGUCUCAGCUCUCUAGGGGUCUGGGGUUCCCUUCCCUACCUCCUCCUGGAGAUGAGGGUAUUUUUGUGCAAACUCCCCCAGGUCUGGGGGACUCUGAUAGGAAUGGCCCAGUUGCCAUUAGCUUGGCUCUUAAAGAGCCAGGCCUCCUUUUCUGUUGUCCAGCAUUGAGGCUUUCCACCUGUUGGAGGAGCCUUUGGGGCUGAGAGAGGGGGGACCCCAGCCAAACUGAAGUUUCUACCGGCCCCUUUGUCUGCAGCUGCUGGAAUCAUCCAAGAAUCUCCCUCCUGCUGGGCCUGGAAAAGCUCUAGGGGGCUGGGAGUUGUGUUGCUUGGGUUCUAUCUCUCCUCACUCUGUAUCAGGCACUUUAUGACUGGGCCUCAGGGGGUGGGUUUGCCCCCUGCUUCUCUGGAGCCUGGAAGGGAAGACCAGAGGGCUUCCUGGAGGAGGCUGUGGAAUGGGAGGGGCCAGGUAGAGGAGGAGGCCAGCAGCAAGCCAUUGCACACUGGGGUAAGGUGGGGUCUGGCGGCUCCCCCAGACUUGGUUUUGUAAUGAUUUGUACAGGAAUAAAUGCACCUAAGCUCCAGCUCCA